AUGUCUUAGAAGUACUUCACUCAUGCCACACCAACAUUAUUUAAUAGUGGUACUCCUUAUCCUUAAAUGUCAUCAUGUUUUUUGUUGGAUAUGGUAGAUGAUUCAAUUGAAGGUAUAUAUGAGACACUCAAGAGAUGUGCUCUAAUCAGUAAGUCAGCAGGAGGCAUAGGAUUAAGCGUAUCUAAGAUCAGAUCAUAAGAUAGUUAUAUUAGAGGAACCAAUGGAAUUAGUAAUGGAUUGGUGCCUAUGUUGAAGGUGUUCAAUGACACAGCAAGAUAUGUAGAUUAAGGAGGUGGCAAAAGAAAAGGAUCCUUUGCUAUUUAUUUAGAACCAUGGCAUAGUGAUAUCAUAAGUUUCUUAUAAUUGAGAAAGAACCAUGGGAUUGAAGAAUAAAGAGCAAGAGAUUUGUUUUUAGGUUUAUGGAUACCUGAUCUAUUUAUGUAAAGAGUGAAAGAUGACUCAGAUUGGACUUUGAUGUGUCCAAAUGAAUGUCCAGGUCUCUAAGAUUGUUAUGGUUAAGAAUUCAACAAAUUAUACACUGAUUAUGAAUCUAAAAAUAUGGGUAGAGUGACAAUGAAGGCAAGAUAAUUAUGGUAAGAAAUAAUUGAUGCUCAAAUAUCAACUGGAUUACCAUAUAUGUUAUAUAAAGAUGCUUGUAAUUCAAAAAGUAAUCAAAAGAAUCUAGGUACUAUAAAAAGCAGUAAUCUAUGCACUGAAAUCAUAUAAUAUACAUCACCUGAUGAAGUUGCUGUUUGCAAUCUUGCUAGUAUUAAUUUGUAAAAGUUAAUCAAAGAAGAUAAAACAUUCAAUUUUGAUAAGUUAUUAGAGAUUACAAAAAUAAUUACAACAAAUCUGAAUAUCGUCAUUGAUUUGAACUUUUAUCCUGUUUAGUAAGCAGAAUACAGCAAUAAAAGAAAUAGACCUAUUGGAAUUGGAGUCUAAGGAUUUGCAGAUGCUUUGCAAAGAAUGAAAAUCCCAUUUGAUUCAGAAGAUGCCUUAGAAUUGAAUGCCAAAAUCUUUGAAACUAUCUACUAUGGAGCAUGUGAAAGAUCUUUAGAAUUAGCACAAUAACUUGGACCUUAUGAGACUUUUGCAGGCAGUCCUGCUUCCUAAGGAAUUCUGCAAUUUGAUAUGUGGGGUGUGAGUCCAAAAUUAUAUGAUUGGAAUACUCUCAAAUAGAAUAUUGUUAAGUAUGGAAUGAGAAACUCUUUAUUAAUUGCACCUAUGCCAACAGCAUCAACAAGUUAAAUUCUAUAAAAUAAUGAAUCAUUUGAACCUUAUACAACAAAUAUCUAUACACGAAGAGUUUUAGCAGGAGAAUUCGUUUGCAUCAAUCCUCAUUUAGUUGAUGAUUUGAUUGAAUUAAACUUAUGGACACCCCAAAUCAAGAAUAAAUUAAUCAUGAAUAAUGGUUCAGUCUAGAAUAUAGAUGAGAUUCCAACUAAUAUCAAAUAAUUAUAUAAGACAGUUUGGGAGAUCUCCUAAAAAGCUAUAUUGAAUUUGGCAACUUCCAGAGCCCCAUUUAUUGAUUAGAGUCAGUCCUUAAAUAUCCACAUGGCUGAACCAACUAUGUCUAAAGUAACAUCUAUGCAUUUUUAUGCAUGGGAAAAGGGAUUGAAAACAGGAAUGUACUAUCUGAGAACUAGACCUGCAGCAGAUCCUAUAAAAUUCACAGUUGAUGUUGAAGCACUAUUAAAAGAAGGAGGGCAAAUAAAAAUAUAAUAAUCUAAAUAAGAGUUGAUUGAUGAAAGUGCAUCUAAAAAGAUCGUUACUAAUGAAGGAAAAACAGUAAAGAAGGGGAAACCUCAAAUUAUUGUUACUGAAGAUGGUGAUGAAGUUGAGGUUUGCCUAAAUUGUGGCUCUUGAAUAUAUUUAUAUUUCUUCUUUUAUUAAAGAAUUCUUUA